UGAUAAGCUGAAUAUUUUACUUUCUAUUAGUUCGAAUGAAAGUCGUUCUUUAUAGAAUAACGCGAGUAGUGAAGUGGGACAAUUCGAAUUAAUGGACUUGUGCUUUCAAAAAUCUAGAAUUACUAAUUCAAGUACAAAUGCUGCAUUCACCAAUUUCAAGGAUUCUUCCAGCCUCCAGCUAGUCACUGAUCGAAAAACCUGGACCAACCAAUCAAGAAUGCUAACACGAAAUACACCACCACACAUCAAAUGAAAUCAAAAUUCAAAUCACAAAUCUAAUAAUUUCUCUCGAUCACAUCCCAAACAGCUUGCUAUACUCUCAUCACACUAACAAAUCAUUAUUCCAAUAAAACAAAAACCUGAAACACGAUGAAAAAGUUGCUCUUACUCAUCCCUUUGAUCACUAUUCAACCAAUGGCUUCUUCAGCUUUCAGUCUCGACGUCGAUACCGUAGACUUCAAAGACUUAGUACUCAACAACGACGUAUUUGUAGACAAAACCCUGCUAAUUCAUCAGUUCUCGACACUUUUCAAUACUAGCCUAAUCCUGCGACCAACUGGCUGGGGUAAAAGUAUAAACAUGGACAUGAUUCGUAGAUUUUUCAAAAUAGAAACGGAUAAUUUAGGAAACCCAUUACCAAAAAACCAAACUGAAAAUUAUAAGCUUUUUUUCGGAGGCGUUUUAAACACAGGUUUAAACCAAACUAAAACCCUAAACCCAUUGAAAAUAGCCAACGUCUCGAAUAGUUUACAUCACGUGGGCAAAUAUCCAGUAAUUCUACUCAAGUUCAAAAACAUAUCAGGGGAUACUUUCGAAGAAGUUGUAGAAAACAUAGAAUCAUCCAUAAUGGACACGUAUAAAGCCCAUCGAUACCUACUAAAUUCACCACUUGUGACUAAAUCAGAUCAACUGGAACGAUAUUUGAAAGGAGAACUCGACGAUAAAAGUUUACGUAACAGUAUAAGCUUUCUGAGUGAAAAACUUCACGAGCAUUUCGACGAAAACGUUAUCAUUCUGAUUGACGAUUACGAGACUCCAGUCAUGAACGCUUUUGCCCUUCAAAGUAAAGUGAAACCUCUCUCGAGGCCUUUUCAUUUCCACGUCGAAAGUUUACUCAAGGAGAUUUACAACGAUGCUUUUAGACCUUUCAGAAACCCUUGGGUAAAAUUUGGUUUACUCGCGGGUGAACAUUUGAUACCAGUAGACGAUCGCGAUUGUUUAUUAUCUCGUGUAUCAGUUCUUCGACAGUAUUACGAAACAGAAUUAACACAAUUUUACGGAUUUACACAGGUAGAGGUGCAAGAGUUACUACAGAAAACAUCUCAUCUUCCAAUAAAUGUGAUAGAGGCUAAAAAUUGGUAUAAUGGAUACAAGUACAAAGGAUACGGGAAUUACAAUUCAAGAUCUAUAAUGCAAUAUUUAGCUCAUAACGCUACCUUAGCUUCGUACGCUUCAAAAGUACAUAAAAAUGAUACGAUUGGUUACAUUGAUCGAAUACUUACAUCGGAUACCAUGCAAAAAAGAAUACAAACGCUUAUUUCAGAAGAGUGCGAUUACACUUACAGAACUACUCGUAGAUACAUCAACAUGGAGUAUAAAUCAGAACUAUGCAAUAGAGAAGAUCAAACUAGGAUGCUCAUCAAUAAAGGCUAUCUGGCUUUAGAUCGAGAAACACCAAACGAUGUAAUUUGGUGUCUGUACAUUCCUAAUGAAGAAAUGAAACGUAUUUUCCACGAGAAAACUUCGCAAUGGGUAUUUGCCAAGUUCGAUAUAACUGAUUCGGGAUUCCGGUCUUUUGUCAAUUUACUUACAUCAGGUGACGUUGAAAAGUUCGCAAAUAGUUUGCAAAUGUAUCACGAUAAAGCAACCAAUUAUCUUCAAAACGCGAAAGAUAAUUUAUUCGUGUUAUAUAACGGUCUAAUUACAGCUUUACAAAUCAUUUUAUCAGAAACCUAUCUGAUAAUACGAAGCACAGAUGAUCAGCAAGAGUGGUUCAAUGGUCAAGGCCACGAUAUGCACAUGAUUCCCAAACUGAACUCGAGUAACUUGGCGAUUUUUUUGAAAUGUAAAAUCGUGCAAAAUGAAUAUCUAGAAUCAUCGGUUGACGAAGGGUUGAAACAAAUCAACGUUCGUCUAUACGAAAGCGAAUGGAAAAAUCAAUAUUCGGGUGAAAUUAAAAACAUGGUUAAAUUAAGCAUCGCAGUGUCAAGUGAACAGGUGGCAACUAAACAUGAUACGAGAUAUGCCUAAGAGAAUUUUCGAAACAGUUACCUAGUACAGGGAUAACAUAUCCUCGUCCUGCUGUACAUUCAAGAUGAUUAAGUACAAGGUGCCCUAAUAAACUGGUACUGUACUUGAGGUUUCGGCAGAAUCAGGCACAAGAAGUGUGAAAUAAAAAUCACGGAUGAGGAAUCUAUCUUGAUUUCGAGCACUUGAGAGUGCCCUCAAAACAAUCUACGAGGCUUCGAAACUUGCAAAAAAAUUGUACUUAUUUUACAGUUUUCAACUCGUUCGGUGUGUUCCAGGAAUUGAUGCCUUAUAGGAUUCAAAUGAAAAGAAGCGAUUUGAAAUUCAACUCGAACUAACAACAACUAUUAAGUGAGAAUAUUAGAUAAGUUGCGAAUUAUAAUAAUAAUUUAGAUUUCUCAUUACGAAAUAAAUCGCCAUCGAUGAAAUAAAAACGUGUUUCAGAAAAUUAACGUUGAAUGAAAAUUAUGGUAGAAAGUGAGAGAAAUAAAUUUGUACAUAGU